UAUAUGACUGGAUAUUUUGUGCCUAAUAAUAUUUUCGCAUGAAUUUAUGUAAUUUUUCGUUUAGCAAACUAUAUAUACCAAUUAUUGCCGGUUUUGAAAGGCAGUCUCAAGCUGAAGCUAGAAUAUAGUAUUAGUAUUAUUAAAUUGAUUAUCAAUUUAAUCAAUUUAAUUUAGGUGAUUGUACUAUUAGGCACAAAAGAUUCAGCCCGAUCGUAUAUAUGAGUACAUUUUCUAUUUACUUGAAUUGUUAUCAUAUCGGUCAAGUUCACAUGUUAUGAUAUAUUCAUUUACAUCUUAAUAUACUAAGUUUGCACGAGCCUUCUCGCGCAAAUAAUCUUCAACAUUUCUGUAUGUUAUUUAUUCUUUAUCUUAAUCUUCAUCUUGACGUUUCUUUCUUUCCAGAGAGCGAUUUGGACCACAAGUUCCAAUCUCCGAACCGUUUCCGGCUGUCCUUCGAUCUAAGCAAGAUACCUAGCGGCGAGACGUUGCAGGCAGCUGAGUUAAGCCUGUCUCGCGUCGCGAUGUUGGACGUCGAGGACAAAAGCACGAAACAUAAGCGCGGCCGGGUGCUGGUGUACGACAUAGUGCGGCCCGGCGUGAAGGGUCGCAGCAAGCCGAUAUUGCGGCUGAUCGACAGCAAGGUGAUCGACACGACGAAGAACGCCACGAUCAAUCUGGACGUGCAUCCAGCCGUGGUGAGGUGGAUAGAGAGUAAUCAGAACAAUCACGGGCUGCUGGUGCACGUGACCGGCACGGUCGCCCGCACACGGGAACACGUGCGGCUGAGACGGGCCGUCGACGAGCACAAGGAGACGUGGGUGGUGAGCCGGCCGAUGCUCUUCACUUACACGAACGACGGCAGCUACGAGAUGGCAUCCGCGGAUCAGAUAAUAGACCGGCGGACCAGGCGGGCCGCCCUGCGGAAGAACCGGCGGAAGGACGGCCGCGAGAAUUGCCGGCGGCAUCCGCUCUACGUCGACUUCGCGGACGUCGGCUGGAACGAUUGGAUCGUCGCGCCGCCCGGAUACGACGCCUUCUACUGCCACGGUGAUUGCCCGUUUCCUCUGGCGGACCAUCUGAACUCGACGAAUCACGCGAUCGUGCAGACCCUCGUUUACUCGACCAAGCCGAGCAUGGUGCCGAAGGCGUGUUGCGUGCCGACCGCGCUCAGCUCGAUAUCGAUGCUUUAUCUGGACGAGGAGAAUAAGGUAGUGCUGAAGAACUAUCAGGACAUGGCGGUCCUCGGAUGCGGUUGCCGCUGAGGCUCCUGACCUGGUCUUUUGCUGGGCGUACGAGUACUCUACUCUCGAAGAGCAAUCGCCGAAAUCGUGAAAUGACACGGAAGAAUGAAGAAACGAAGAGAGAGAUAAAGAAACAUUUAAUGCCGCAGGUGGUCGAAUAAACGAGAGUACAUAAUUGCGUGAUUUGUCGAUUCACGGUUUUGUAUGUAACUCGCCGCCACCUUUACGGAUGUAUUAAGUAAGGAUGAAACGUACGCGAGUACACAGACAGUGUAAAAUGUUUAUACUUAAAGGACGAAAAGACAGAAUUUAUCAUCAAAGAAUAGUGCACAGUAAAUAUAAUUUGUUGCUAGACAUGACGAAUGAUAAUAGAAUAGAGGUAAACGCGGAUGAUAUUAUAUGCUAUUCGGUGAUAACACGAACAAAACUUUGAAAAAAGUCACUUCAUUGCGAAAAGUUUUUUUAUAAGAUUAUUUUUUAUACAAAGUUAGGUAUCGCGUGAGUUAAAGAUUGCCUUUAAUCGAAAAAGUCAACCCUUUAUCUUAAGAUCAUCGGGACUGAGUAUUUUUCUCUGUUCUAAAAUUUUGCCUACAAUGUCCAUUUACUUAUUCUAAAUAUGUGCAAAAUGGAAACGCACUUUCCAUUCGCUUUUUCAUGCGACCACGUAAUCACAUGACAACAGCGAGUAAUAGCAGGAAACAGUAUGAGAGAAAAAUUCUAGUUCAGACGAAGUCAACUGACUUAAAAUGAAGGAAGUUGACUGCGGACGAUUCACUGUAUGAUUAAAAGAUAUCGCUCGUUUAUUGGAUCUCGAUAGAUUAAUAAGAUCAAUUCUAAACAGAGGCCUUACAUUGCGGUAGCCUUUGACUCCAAUCGGGGAUGUGACGAUUGACGUAGCUCUUUCACAGUAGAUCCGUUCUUUCUUUCUCAAGUAGAAUUUUUUUUUCUUGAAUAGAAUCUCUCCAUUCUGUCUGGAGAUCGUCGGGACGGAGUUCUCCCUCCAUUAUCUCCUUGAUCCUCACUUUCGCUCGUAUAGCAUACGACCACGUGGUUACGUGGCAAACGUGCAGUGUGAGAGGAAGAGAAACAUUUCAAUUUACAAGAGGCAGCUGUCUGAAAAUAAACAGCUUUUACUGUGAUUAGCGGAAUCAGCUUGAUAUGAUGAUGAUUAACGCCGAUCAAAAGAUACGAGUUGAUCAACAACGAUUGACACAGCUUCUAAUCGUCAUCAAAUUCACUCGCGAGUUGUAACAGAACUGAGCGACAAUUGCAAUAGUUACCGGGUCAUUGUUAGAGUUUAUUGAAAACGCAAUGAUGAGAAUAAUUACUCGUUUAUAAGCAGGAUUGAGAAAAUGACGGUAGGGAUAACUCCUAUUUGAGAAGGUGAUGGCCGAGAAAUACAAUUUUGCGGAUUAACGUCCACCAAAUAUAUUGUUCGGAUCUUCGUAAUGCGACACGGAGACUUCGAAGACACGAAUAAUAAGUGUCUUCGGUAUAUAACUUUGCUGCAUUUUUCAUUCUUGCAGUUUUGUGUAUCUUUGUUCGUGAAAUCGUUUUUGCGCGAACGAAUUUUGCAAAAUCCCAACGGUAUAUUGAUUGUAUAUUCUCUCCAAUCAAUUCUGACCACAUGAAGUAUUUGACAACUUUUAUCCAAUUGUAUCAAUAUAUUAUCCGUAUCUUUCAUAAAUUAUGAAAGAUGUAGAUUAUGUGUUAUUCGCGCGAAAAAAUAUUUGCCAGUAUAGCGUUUAAUUCAAAUAUGCGAAUAGAAUUUGCGAAAUACUUUCAUAUUAUGUUAUUAUAUGCAUCGAUGCAUCAUCACUAAUAUAUUGCCGAUGUACCAAUAAAUGGAUCAAGGAAAAUAUAGAAAAUACAUUACGACGCGAUGUGGACUUUAAAUGAAAACAUUCUAUUGAUUGAUCCAAGUGCUCUUCAAAUAUUUAUCUUCUUGAAAUAAAUUCGAAUUCUAUUUGCUUUAAAACGCGUUUGAUGGCAUCUUGUCUGCGAGGAAUUUAAUCCAUUGUGCUCUCGUGAUAUAUGAGCUCUCGACUUUGAUGUAUGCUUUUAAAGCGCGACAAAACAACCGAUUAAUUUGAAUCUAUUGCUAACGAGGCAAGUCGCGCCGAGUGAUAAAAAUAUGUACAAGCGAAAUGUGUAUGGUUUUAUGUACUUGCGUAAUCACGAACUCUCACUUAAUGCAUUAGAGAUUUCGAUUAGACUUGGUGAAAAUGAGAUGAACGGUGUGUGGAAGUAAGUGCGAUACGAGUAUGAAGCGACUUUAAUGUCGGCAAAUAUUGCGCAUCACUGCAAGAGACAUCGCACUGCGAGAGACAUUGUAACACUUCAGCAAGUGAGCAAUGAAAUCACGUGUCGGAAAUACACAAUUGACUAAUGGUAAUUUCAGCGAUGUAGAAAUGCCUCUUCUACACGCGAUGAAGUAUCAACCAAGGCAAUGUUGACCGUUUUUGUACCGGUAAUGGCGUUCGUCAUGCAAACGCGUACGUGAAUGCGUAUCUCUCCGCAGUCGUUGGAUCGCAUUAACGUUUCCGCAAUAUUGUCAUAACAUUUUAAAAGGACUAAAGGGCAGCAUAUUAGAUGCGUAAAUCGGCAUGUCCGGUUACGCGCUAAAACGGAGCCACGAAGAGUAUGCGUUCCGUCUUUUCAGACGCGAUUGAAUGCAUGCCUACGUAAAUCCUGCCGCCGCGAAUAGAUUGUACCUGCCUAAGGAUUACUCUAUUUAUUUUUCUUCUUUCUUUUUGUUUUUGCCAAAAGAUUUUGAACACACGUGUAUAUUUGUACAGAAGUGUUAUUGAUAAGCGAGCGCCGUUGUAAAAUGUGUAAAAUAGAUAAGAUAAACGAGUCUGUGUAAACAUUGUAAAUAAUAUAUUGUAAAGUAUCGUGCGCAUGUAUAUUCUUUAUAUAUUUUACCAUUAUUUUCCUAGUUUCACGAUUGUAUACAGAGUGCGUGUGUAAAUAUUAAAUAAAUUUAAUAUGGCAAUAAGGAUGUACAUUUUUUAUG